UUUAUAUGCUAUUUACAUGUCAUUUCGUUUCGUUUGGUUAAGUAAAUAAGUUUGAUUAAAUAUAUUGUUUAUUUAAUUUGAUUAAGCAAAUUUUAUUAAGGAUAUUGUAAGAAAAUAGUAAUAUAUAGCAUUUCUCACUCAGUUCAACAAAUGAAAACUGUACUAUUGUGCACAUUUGUUCUAAAUAUUUCUAUAUAUUGUGAUAUUGGUUUUAUUAUGUUUUAGAUAUAAACGUAUACAUAUUAUUUUAUUACUUGUUAAAGUUUAAAAUAUGACUGUGUACAUUAUAAUGUGCCCAUGUAUUUUAUAUCGAUGCACCAUACACAACAGAACAGAUUGUACUUAUAAAAUUAAUUGUCAUAUAUACAUUUUUUUUUUAUGUGGAUUACAAGAAAUAAUUAUAUUAUGUUGCUAAGUGUAUAUGUUUAUUAUGUAUCAGAUAUUCGUUGUAAUAAUAAAGAAUUUUGUUUGAGUAAAUUACAACCAUGUAUACUAUAACUGUGCUGAAGUUCAUGGAAUAUAAUAAAAUAUCACUAUGUUGACAAUUAAUAUUGAUAAUAUUUAUAGUCUUUUGUAAACAUAAAGAAAACUUUAAUUAUUUCUAAGAAUUCUUGUUGUUAGAUCAAUAUUAUAGAUACAUAUUUUACGUACGACAUACAUACAUCAUCCUUUCAAAUCAAUGAUAUAUAUGAAACGCAAUUGUUCUAAUAAUUUACAUAUAUAAAAGAAAAUAUUUUUCUUUGUGUUUUUCAGUUUUAUAAAAUUAUCGUGAAGUUUUUAUUAUUUAUAGAAUAAGUUAUAAACAUGUGUUUAUGUCUUGGUGCUUUGAAAUCUGGUAAAACGCUUCUGUUGAAACGUCUUCAAGGUGACGAAAUAGAUGAUGCGACUCACACAGUACAAACUAAUGGUAUCAAUUUAUUUACAGUAAAAAAUGAUACUGGUGAAUUUGACAUAAUUAUUAGAGAGAUUGGUGGUAAUAUGGCACCAAUAUGGAAACAUUAUUUCGACAAGGUUUAUAAAUUAAUUUAUGUCGUGGAUACCAGUAAUCUUUGCCAAAUUAGUGCGGCUGGUGUUUUAUUGUACUCGACAUUAGUUGAGCCAAGAUUAAAAAAUAUAAAAAUUGCACUAAUUUUAAACAAGAUGGAUCUUUCUUAUAGACAAAUGAGAAAUGAAGCUCUUCUAAUGCUUCAAUUUGCACGUUUGAAGAAAGAAAUUACUCAGGAGAUAAGUGUAAUUGAAACUAGUGGAAUAACAGGACAAGGUCUUGAAGACUUACGCAAUUGGUUAUUUGAUCCAUAUACUUUAAAAAUUGUAAAAAAUACAAAAAAAUAAAUUAUCGCAAAGUAAUAGUAAAAAUCCUAUCUCCAAAUGGAUGACUCUCUUUAUUUACAUUCAAUCUUACAAAUAUGUAAAUUUAUUGUUAUAAUUCCAUUUAGCGGCUAAAACAGUCAUUUUAUUAAAACAAUUUGGUAAUAACACAAAUAUUUAUACCAUAGUACUUAUACAGUUGAAAACUGUUAAAUAAUGUCUAUUUAUAUAGACAGUAGUAAUUGUUAGCAUGCUUUAAAACGAUAUCGAAAUAAGGGAUAGUGAGAAUAAUAAAUGAUAAAGCAUUGCAGUAUAGUUAAAUUUAUGGAAACAUCACAGAUACUUUUUUGUUCUGUUAUAAUAAUUUAUAUUUGAAAAUAAUGUAUAUUAUAAUAAGAAGAGAGAAAAAAAAAAUAAUAUGAAAUUUA